AUGAACAGGGGCCCUAUCAUCCUCACGAUCGAUGAAGCGGAGUACCUUCUGGACCAGCUCCCUCCUCCGUCCUCCGAUGAAGAGCCCUUGGUAACGAAGCUCCGAAAGCGGCUCCAGGACCUUCUGACUUCCCUACGGGCGGGUGCGGAAGGGACUGCUGGGGGCGCGUAG